UGCUCGUACAAUGCGAUUCAUGUAAAAUGCUACACAUUCUGCUUAUCAUCUCUUGAUAUAGCGAUGGUCUGAUUAUGGCAUCGAGAGAUUUUGCUUGUUUGCAUCAACAGUUUUAUUGUGAUCAAUCCCAUCAAUAGUUUUUUUAAUAGGAAUCUGAACUUUUGGGAAUACUGAAAACGUUAUCAUCCCUCUGUAUGAAUCUUUGGUGUUCUUAGAACUGUUAAUGUUUGUUUGGUUUUGAAAGCUGCACUCUUUUCAUUCAUUUGAAACUUGCUUUAGAAAGGGCAUUCAAGUGAAAAUGCUUCCAAUGCUUACCGAUGGCAAUGACAUUGCGGUAAUACGGGAUAUUUUCCACGCUCGAACCACAAUUAUAAAAUGCCAUUGUCAUCCACUGUUCAUCCCGAUCUCACAGCAUUAUGUAGAGAGGGUCGGUUGAAGGAGGCACUGCACAUUCUGUUAACUACACACAACCCCCCUGAACACUACUCUACCUAUUUUCAAUUAUUGCAGAUUUGUUUACUCAAGAAUGCCCUUUCACAAGGCAAAAAAAUCCACUGUUUCAUUGCUCACAGGCGGUUUGCAUUUGCUACACGCAUAACUUUUCAUAAUAAACUUAUUUACAUGUAUGUCAAGUGCGAAAGUUUGGCUGAUGCCCGUAAAGUGUUCGAUCACAUGAAAGAACGAGAUUGCCUCUCAUGGAAUACGAUUAUUGCCGCUUACAGAAGAUAUGGGUAUCCUCACGAGGCAGUCGCAUUGUUUCGCCGUAUGCAACAAACAGGGCUCCAACCCGAUCAGUUUACAUUUGCCAGCGUACUCCCAGCCUGUGCCAAAAUGGGAGCUUUGGAACAGGGUAUAGAUAUCCAUAAAAGCAUAAUGGAUAGAGGAAUUUUGUUAGAUAUUGUAGUUGCAACUGCCCUGGUAGACAUGUAUGCAAAAUGUGGAAGCAUAGACAGAGCACGUGAAUUGUUUGACAAAAUGCCUCAAAGAAAUGCAUACUCCUGGAAUGCCAUGAUUGCAGGAUAUGCACAAAAUGGGUUUGCUGAAAAGGCAUUAGAAACUUUCAACCAAAUGCAAAUUGCAGGUAUAAAGCCAGACACUGCAACUUUUGCCAGCAUACUCCCUGCCUGUGCCAAAAUGGGAGCUUUGGAACGAGGUACAUACAUUCAUCGAAGCGUAAAGGGUAGUGGAAUUUUGUCAGAUGUUGUAGUUGCAACUGCCCUGGUAGACAUGUAUGCAAAAUGUGGAAGCAUAGACAAGGCGCGUGAACUGUUUGAUAAAAUGACUCGAAGAAAUGUGGUCUCAUGGAAUGCCAUGAUUGCAGGAUAUGCACAGAAUGGAUUUUUUGAGAAGGCUCUAGAAACUUUCAACCAAAUGCAAUUAGUAGGUGUGAAGCCAGAUUCUGCAACCUAUGCCAGUAUCCUUCCUGCCUGUGCCAAAAUGGGAGCUUUGAAACAGGGUAUGGACAUCCAUCAAAAUAUAAUGGAGGGGGGAUAUUUGUCAGAGAUUAUGGUUGGAAACGCUCUGGUAGACAUGUAUGCAAAAUGUGGAAGUUUAGACAAAGCACGUGAUUUGUUUGACAAAAUGCCACAAAAAAAUGUGGUCUCAUGGAAUGCCAUGAUUGCAGGAUAUGCACAAAAUGGAUUUUGCAAGGAUGCUCUCAAAACCUUUGAAUUAAUGAAGCACUCUGGAACAUAUGCCAACAUUGUAAGCUUUGCUUGUGUUCUAUGUGCAUGCAGCCAUGCAGGUUUAGUCGAUGAGGGCUGUACAUACUUCAAUUACAUGACUGACGCUUAUUGUAUUAAACCCACAAUUGAUCAUUAUGUGUGCAUGGUUGAUCUUCUUGCCCGUGCUGGCUAUCUUGAGGACACCCUAAAAUUUAUAAUUAAAAUGCCAGUCAAACCUGUGGCGGUUGUGUGGCUGUGCUUUCUUGGUGCCUGUAGAUCACAUAUGAACAUAGGUUUAGGAGUAUUUACAGCAACACUGCUUAUUGAUUUGGAUCCCAUAAAUGCCGCGCCUUAUGUUCUUCUCUCAAACAUGUACGCAGAAGUGGGCAGAUGGGCUGAGGUUCAAAUGGUAAGGAGAUUGAUGAAAGAUAAAGGAAUUAAAAAGAUCCCUGGAUGUAGUUGGAUUGAAGCCCAUAAAAUAGUACAUGUCUUUUGUGUAGCAGACAGAUCACAUCCACAGACACAAGAAAUCUAUGCAAAGUUGGAUAAAUUGACAUGGGAGAUGAAGGCAGCAGGGCAUUUUCCAGAUUCAAGACAUUUACUUAAUGAUGUGGAAGAGGAAGAAAAAGAAUUAUUUCUCUGCCAUCAUAGUGAAAAGUUGGCAAUUGCAUUUGGUUUAUUAAACACAACCCCUGGAACAACUAUUAGGGUUGUUAAAAACCUUCGAGUAUGUGCUGAAUGCCAUACUGCAACGAAAUUUAUCUCCAAGAUUGUUGGAAGAGAAAUUGUUUUGAGAGAUGUAAACCGUUUCCAUCAUUUUAAACAGGGAGAGUGUUCUUGUGGAGAUUACUGGUGAUGUUAAAUGAAGCAAUCUGAAAAAUAGGUUGCACUAUUAUAAUGUUCACACCAUGGCAGACCUGCAAUAAUAAUGAAGGGAGAAUGUUUUAUUUUCA